CUCGUUUUCCCCUUCGUCUCCUCCAACCAGAAACCUAACACAGAAUCCCAACCCACCCGCAACCAAAUCCACCGGGACUCCAGCCCGCCAGCCUGCGCGACCCCUGCCGGAUCAGUCCCCAAUCUCGUCCCCUCCGCCGCCGGCACGAAUCCCGCCGGUUUCGAGUCCGUGCUAGAGGCGCCACAAUGUUCAACAGGUUGUUCGGGAAGCCCAAGGAGCAGGCCAAUGCCGGCGCCUUGGCCACUUUGGACAAGUUAAAUGAGACUCUCGAUAUGCUGGAGAAGAAAGAGAAAGUGCUGGAGAAAAAAGCAGCUGGUGAGCUUGAGAAGGCCAAGGAUUUCUCAAAAGCAAAGAAUAAAAGAGCUGCUAUUGCGUCAUUGAAGAGGAAAAAGAUGUAUGAGCAGCAAAUUGAGCAGCUUGGGAAUUUUCAGUUGAGAAUUCAUGAUCAGAUGAUCAUGUUAGAAGCUGCCAAAGCUACGACAGAGACUGUUGAUGCAUUGAGGACUGGAGCUAAAGCUAUGAAAGCAAUGCAACAAGCAACAAAUAUCGAUGACGUUGAUAAGACUAUGGACGAAAUUAACGAACAGACUGAAAACAUGAAACAAAUACAAGAUGCUUUGUCAGCUCCUAUUGGAGCAUCUGCUGAUUUUGACGAGGAUGAACUGGAAGCAGAGCUGGAAGAACUGGAGGGAGCAGAGUUGGAAGAACAACUACUGGAGCCUAUACCUUACCAUCCGGUGCAUGUCCCAGACAACAGGCAACAAGUUCGUCCUGUUCCACAGAAAGCAUCAGCUGAGGAGGAUGAGCUUGCUGCACUGCAAGCUGAAAUGGCAUUGUGAUCAGGUUUCCAGUGAAGAGUUAAAAUGUACAAAGGAUUUGCUGUAUGCUACGUGGUCGCAAGCUGAGUCUAGCUGUGUGUAUAAUCUUGGGUGGGAGAUAUUGGUGAGCGAGGCAAGAAAAGGCUGCUCCAGUCCAGUGUUAAUUUUGUUAAGACUGAUUUUCUCAGUUAAUGUGGCUCGGUCAGCUCCGUCCAAGUCGUUGUGCUAUGCUCAUUGUUGUCGCACACUAUUUUUCAUUGACCCCUAUUAUAUGGUGCCAUGUAAAACAAGUUUCAACGCAUAAAUCCCAUGCUUCAAAA